AAAAAAUUUUAAAAAAUAAAAAACUAUAAUAAUAAAAAAAAAAUUAAAUUACAAACUUAAUAAUGUGGAAAAAAUCUUGUUCAUUUAUAUUUAUCACAUUGCUUGUGAGUCUGUUUAAUAUUUUAGUGGCGAUGUCUGAGACAACAGAAUCGCCAGAGUAUGUGACAAAAUUAUCUUCCAACGUUCCCUCUUGCCCCGAAGAUAAUAAUGUCAAUGAGUGCAUUCAAAACGCCUUUAAUUUUAUGUUGCGCAGCACCAGCACUGGCUUGCCCGAACUCAACAUACCACCCAUUGAUCCUGUGAUGGUAAACAAAUUAAAUUUUCAAUUUUCCAAUAAUUUGAUAAGGGGCAAAGCUGCCGUGCGUCAUGUACGGCUGACAGGGCUCUCCAAGAGUGCGGUGCGCAAUAUUCAAUAUCAAAGGAAUGGUAAGGAUAUUAAAAUGAAUGUCCAUUAUCAAGUGCCAUUGAUUGAGAUCACAGGACAAUACAGAGCCGAGGUUUUGGUAAAUAAUGCCAAAUUGUCUUCGAAAGGUGUAUUCAAUGUUUCACUUAUAAAUGUGGAGUCCAAAUCGGAACAUUAUGCCGAAUUAUAUGAAAAGGAUGGUCAUCGGUUUCUGAAACUUACAAAAAUCAAUUUGGAUCCUACACUGGGUGAUAUGAAGAUUCAUGCCACUGGUUUGGUGCCAGAACCAGCUCUGAACGACGCUCUCCUGGAUAUUAUCAACAGCAAUUGGCGUAUUGUCUACAAAUCUGUUGUGAGUUCGACCAGCUCCACUUGGGAGCCCAUAGUUUUAAAUUAUUCCAAUGAAUUUUUCUCACAUUUACCCUUUGAUGUAUUAAUAACCAAUGCCAAGUUAUAAACUUGUUUAAGUUAUAUACAAAUUUUAAAUUUCAUUUAAGUUAGGAGAUAUAAAUCACAUGAAAUUGAAUUG